CAAGGACAAAGCAUUGUUCCUGGAGCCUGUUGCGAUUGAGCUCACCUCUUUUAGUCCCAGCAAUCUGCACUUUAACGAUUAAUGCUUGCAGGUAUUAAUCAUGGUCAUGAUCCAUCAGUCCAAUUCAAGGAUGCAGAUGUUGUAAUUUGCAUUGGCCUUGCAAGGGAGUACGAGUUCACUGAAGAUGAAUACACGGAUCCAUUUUUUAAAGACUACAUUCUGAUUUCAAAGUUCUAUGUAUUAAGAAUAAUUCUAUGGUACAUGUUCUUCACAGAUGGAAGGAGUACGCACAAUAAUUUUAAAGUGUGGCUACGAAACACUCUUCCACAGCUUUUGCAAAAUAUCCGUAACAGACCGUAUUGCGUUAGAUCAAUGGCAUAUGGAUUGGCUGAACACUGUAAAAUCUUAUGGAAUGACACCCCAGAAAAUGAAUGGACUUGCAUGUCAGUUGCAUCUGAUUAUUCUUAUGAUAUCCGGUCUGAUAUAUUCUUUUCAUUUCCUGUGAUUUGUAAGAAUCGAAAUUAUGAAAUUGUACAGGAUCUGGUUAACGAUGAGUACAUUAAAAAAUACAUUCACAAACUGAGCAAAUUCAUUGCUAGAGAAGUUUAUGUUGCUCUUAAAAUCUGUGGUUUAAGAAAGCACGGUUAAACAAUA